GUGUUAACUGGUGUUAAAGUGUUCUAAACCCUUGAAUAAUGUUUACAUUAAUACCUUAAUUAAUCUGAAUAACAUUAUUAAAUGUUCAAUUAAAAUCUUUUUUAGUAAAUGCUUCUUACAGAAUGUAGUAAUGUUAAACUAUAAACAGUAUGAAUAUCUGUUGUUUUGUCAGAAUAUUUUUCAGAUUACGUGACCCUGUCAUCUCUGAUCUAUGUUUCCAAACAAACCUUUAAUCUGUAACUAAUGGUAAUUCCGUUUUAUUAAUUAAAUUUCAACUGAAAUCAAAACUGUUUGCAUUUACUUUCGUGUUAAUUCAUUUUAUUUCAUCACGUCCAAGGUUUUAAUGUGGUUUCUGCACAAGUCAAAUGUGCCACUGUUUUUGAAAUGUGUGCUCAUUCAUGUUAGUUUACUGUAAAGGGAUUCCACGUGGUGCAGAAAAUGAAGUGUUUGCAAAUAAAUGACGGAGCAGAGUAAACUGCACUGAUUCUCACGUCUUAGCUGGGGGCUAUUAUUAGAAAGUUACGUCACUGCGCUGUGGAGGGCGCUUCUCCCUCCGUUCCGAUCACAACCACCGACGGUAACGGAGAAUAACUCCCUCCUUCUCCUCCCACAUGGACCGGAACCACGCAGCACCACGUGACCCGGGGCCCCCGGACUGACUGAGCUUCUCACACCGCAUCAUGGCUGCGGAGGAUGCGGCCGCGCGGUCCAGAAGCGGAGUGCUGCUCCCCCUCGGGGCUCCGCUGUCUGCGUCCCGGCUGCUGCUGCUCUCCCUGGCCGCCGCCUCCCUGCUCCCCGCCCCAGCGCUCGGCUUGCUCGGCUUUCGGCCGGAGGAGACCGGGGCGGAGCUGUCCGUGGAGGACGGGGUGCUGAAAGCCACCGAGGGGACGCGCUUCAUGCUGCGGGUUUAUUACUCCACCUCACCGCAGAGGCUCAACCGCACCUCGGCGGCGCGCGCCAACAACGCUGCGCCCUGGAUCGCCUUCAUCGAGGAACCAACUCCCGGGAGAGAAGGACAAGUUCACCCGAAGAGGAACAUGUGCAUGGACAAGACCGCGAGGACCUCCGACAUCGAGGUUCUGGGCUCUUUCAAGUCCGCAUCCAGCCAGAACUCGGUGCUGGUGGAGCUGCUGGCAAAGGACCUGCGGCGAGGAGAGAAGAUCAAACACUACUCUAUGUGCGCCUUCGACGGAUCCAAAUGGGAACACUACCGGACGCGGGAUUUCUGGGUUGCCGUGGUGGAGCGUUCAGCGGUACCCGAGUUGUGGCUGCAGGUUCUGGUCUCAGUCCUGCUGCUCGGGCUCUCAGCGUUAUUCAGCGGGCUGAACCUGAGCCUCUUGGCGCUGGACCCGGUGGAGCUGCAGGUUCUGCAGAACAGCGGCACCGACAAGGAGCAAAAUUACGCGCGGAAAAUCGAGUCCGUGCGUCGGCACGGCAACUACGUCCUGUGCACUCUAUUACUGGGCACCGCGAUCAUCAACGCAUCACUCGCUGUGUGGAUGUGUCAGAUCCUGGGCAUGACCUGGGUCUCCACGGUCAUCUGCGCCUUUGGCAUCUUCUUCAUUGGGGAGAUCCUGCCGCACUCGGUGGCGUCGCGGCACGGCCUCGCCAUCGCCUCCAAAACAAUCUGGGUGACGCGUUUGCUCAUGGUGCUCUCCUUCCCCAUCUCCUACCCCAUCAGCAAACUGCUGGACCUCAUCCUCAACCAGGAAAUCUCCAACUUUUACACCAGGGAGAAACUCCUGGAGAUGCUGCGCGUCACGGACCCGUACCACGACCUGGUCAAAGAGGAGCUCAACAUCAUCCAGGGAGCGUUGGAGCUGCGCACCAAAACCGUGGAGGACGUCCUGACGCCGCUGACCGACUGCUUCAUGCUGACCUCGGACGCGGUGCUGGACUUCAACACCAUGUCGGAGAUCAUGCAGAGCGGCUACACGCGCAUCCCCGUGUUUGAGAACGAGCGGUCCAACAUAGUGGACAUCCUGUUUGUCAAGGACCUGGCGUUUGUGGACCCGGAUGACUGCACCCCGCUGAAGACCAUCACACAGUUCUACAAACACCCACUGCAUUGCGUCUUCAACGACACCAAACUAGACGCCAUGCUGGAGGAGUUCAAGAAAGGAAAGUCUCACCUCGCCAUCGUGCAGCGGGUGAACAACGAGGGUGAAGGUGACCCUUUCUACGAGGUGACGGGCAUCGUCACCCUGGAGGACGUCAUUGAGGAAAUCAUUAAGUCAGAGAUCCUGGAUGAGACUGACCUCUACACUGACAAUCGCACGAAGCGGCGUGUUUCUCACCACGAGCGGAAGCAGCAGGACUUCUCCAUCUUCAAACUGUCAGAGAAUGAGAUGAAAGUGAAGAUUUCUCCUCAGCUUCUCCUGGCGACUCACCGGUUCCUGUCCACAGAGGUGGAACCCUUCAAACCUGCUCACAUUUCAGAGAAGAUCUUGUUGAGGCUGAUCAAACACCCCAGCGUGGUCCAGGAGCUCAAGUUUGAUGAGAGGAACAAGCGAGCGCAGCAACACUUUCUGUUCCAACGCAACAAACCGGUGGAGCACUUCAUCCUGGUGUUGCAGGGUCGAGUGGAAGUGGAGUUCGGUAAAGAAGCGCUCAAGUUCGAGAACGCAGCAUUCUCUUACUUUGGGGUUCCUGCCAUCAUGCCAGCAGUCCACAGAUCCCCCUCUCGCAGCAGUGGUUUGGACCGCUCUGAGUCCAUGCUGUACGGAGGGAGCAUGGGGCAGCUGAACGGAGGCGGGAACGUCUACCUGCCAGAUUACUCGGUCAGACAACUCACACACCUUCAGGUCAUCAAGAUCACUCGGAGUCACUACCAGAACGCUGUGACAGCCACCAGGAUGGACAGCUCUCCUCAAACACCUGAUGCCGACGCUCGUCCAUCUGAGGGCAACACCCCAAACCCGGAGCCUCCGAUAAUGGAGCACGGAGCCACGCUGAUGCCCCCACCACACACCACCACCAUGCUAAUGCCUCCACCCAGGGAGCCCAGUCGGCCCAGCUCGGCCAGAACCCAAGGACCGCAGUCCACCGUCCUGCACAGCACGUCCCUGCUGAACGAGAAGAACCGCAUUGUCCGGAGUAAAUCUGACGGCCAGAAAAGUCCCAGUGACUCAGUGUUUCUCAGGAUGGACGAGAUCCCGUACAUCAGAGAGGACAGAGCUGAGACUGACGCACACACCGACAUGGCCUCUGUUCCCAUAGAAACGGACACAUCUCCUUUCAUCAGCAGUCUGUCGCUGAGCGGCUCAGAGGAAACACUGGGCAAGAAACUCCUGCUGAAACUCAGCCACAGGAAGAGGAAAAAGUCCCGCGAAGGGGACAAAACACCAGAGGACAUUUCAGAGCAGCCGCUGGUACAAACCUAGCAGAGUGUUUGCAUGAAACAGACUCCAACUCUUCAUCGCGUGAUGGUUCUUUAUGCUGUUUGUAAAGACAAUGUGAACGAGGAACUACAGCUCUCAGAGUUUUAUCUGAGAACUCCCUCUGCACACAGGAGGACAAGGGGGUGCACCCUGGGCAAUAUGCAUCAAAAUGUCAUCGUCACAUGUUCGUGUUGAUGCCUGUACAUAAACGAUUGACUGCAAAUGUGAAGAAAAAAAAAAGUUUUUUUGAGAGUUUUAAAGUUUGUACUUGUACAGGCUGUUCUGUAACCAAAGUGAUAGCUGCACCUGGAUCAUGUUACCAGUGGUUUUUGGAAGCCUCCCCUUUUCUUCUUCUUUUGGCUUCUCCCUUUGAGGGGCGCCACAGUGGAUCAUCUGCCUCCAUCUUGUCCUCACCCUUAUGUCCCCCACUUGUCCCCUACCCCUACACUUGUCUGACCUCCAUUGUUCCUUCCUUUCAUCCGUCCAUCCACUUUCUUCACCAGACCCCCAGAUACUUGAACUCCUCACAGUAUAUGUCAGAGACCUGAUAUACAGUAUACAUCAGUCACUGAGUGAGUGAGAGGAAGCAGGAGUUAGAUGGAAAAGCAGCAGAAUUCCAAACAGGAGAAAGGCUGGAUGAAGUUCUUUGUCUUUGAACUUUUGUUUCUUUAUGUUUCUGCCUUUUUUCGUUUUAAAACAUCUCUUCUUCACACAGCGCAAAGAUGAGAGAGUUUAAGAAGGAUAUGUCGUUGAUUAUCCUCUGCACUUUAUAUUUUCUUUGCUGGUGGCAAUUAAAUACAAAUGUAAAGAUUUAAAGAAGAUACCUUUAUAAGACUUAACUUUUUAAGCCAUAACUAUAGCAUCCUUGUGAGAAUGAUGGCGUUUUUCUUGUAUGAGAGCAAUACUUGAAGGCUUGAAGCAAUGUUAUUGAUGUAAAUGGGGCCCCAGGAAUAGUGAUUUUCUAGAAAUCCCAAUUCCUUUUUCACGUCAGAGACAUCUUCUGUCAAAGCCAGUGUGCAGAAUAAAAUGAAAGAGGAUACUGUACUGGUUAAGAUGAAAUUAUUUGCACAGGAUGUGUAUUUAUACAUUAUAUGCAUAUGGAAAUUGACAUUUAUUUACCAUAAUCACAUGGUAUCAUACAGUAGUUUAUGUUUAUUUGGAGGUUCACAGCAUUAACGCACAUCUUAGUUUGGAGCAUUAGAAAUGUCUACUUGAGAAACACACACCAGUUGACCUUUGUCUUAUAAUUGAAUGAUGGAUGAGUUCUGAAAAUGUUCCUGAUGGUGCACCGUUCUGUACUUUCUGUGCUGGCUGCAUGGUGCAGAGGGGACAGGAAGGAGGGGCGUGGCCUCCAUCUGACUGU